CAGAGGGACUGAGCUGCUUCAUGCUUAUCUCACAGAGAGCUCAUGGCUGUCCCCGGCACACAGGGAAGCAGCUAGAUCACCUCCUUACCUGCUAUGGGAAUCUAACUGUCAGUUUGUUGUUUUGCUUCUUCGACCACACGCUUUGCUCAGUUUAAUCAUUCUGGAGCAAGAAUGAAGACUUUGGAGCUAAUAUUUGCCUUUCACUUGAUUCUGGUCACUUCCGCUCAUAGCACAGAGAGAGCACCUCACAUCAUCACUUUACUAGAAACGGUGGAUGUACUUCUGGAUCACAAUGCCACCUUCAUCUGUGAGGUGGAGUCAAGCCCCAGUGCUUAUAUCACAUGGACCAAAAACAAUCAACCAAUCAUGUACUAUGACAACCGAUACUUUACCAAGGAGCAGGGCCAGAUGUUGAUCAUCCCUCAUGUCAAAGAAUCAGACAACGGAGAGUACUGCUGCAUUGCCAGUAAUGGCAUCGGAGAAGCUGCAAAGAGUUGCGGAGCGCUUCAGCUGAAAAUGAAGCCCCAGAUCAAACGGCAGCCUACCAAUGUGACUUUACUGAUAGAAUCCAAAGCGGUGCUGCCCUGUGUCACACUCGGGAACCCCAAACCAGAUGUCACCUGGCUCAAGGAUGAUGAGCUUAUCAAGGUCAGCGACCGCGUUACCAUUCUGGAUUAUGGGGCCCUGAAAAUUCAUAGGAUCCAGAAGGAGGAUGCAGGGAUGUACCGCUGUGUGGCCAGGAACAGCUUUGGUUUGGCCUUUUCAAAGCCUGUCACCAUUGAAGUGCAAACUCCAGCACGACUCCUGAGAGUCCCCAAAGAGAAGAGAGCAGAUUAUGGGAGCCAGAUAACCCUGGAGUGCAACGCCACGGGAAACCCCAUCCCCACCAUCACCUGGCUGGAAAACGGGAAUGCUGUCUCAGGGGCCUCCGUGGAGGAGACCUUGGUGGAAGACGUAAUACUGUCUGUUCUCAAAGUGACGGUGACCAAGUCAGCUUUGUAUACGUGUGUGGCCUCCAACAGACACAGCGGUGGAGCAAACACUGUAAAAAAAAGUGCCAGGGUCGCUGUUACGGACUGGAGACUUCAUCAGGAACAACAGACACCUGACAGACAUAGAGGCGUCACAGGCUACUGCAGUGCAUAUCGUGGAGAUGUGUGUCGCUCGAAUCUCCAAGAAAACUCUCUGGUUUUCUUCAACUCCUCCCUCCUGGACCCCGAGGAGAUGCAGGAGUACCUGGUUCACAGCUGGUGGACUGAGCUAGAAGGCCUGAGUGGGCUGUGUAGCCCAGCUGCACUCUCACUGCUGUGCCACUCCGCCUUUCCGGACUGCAACCCAUCAGGUGUAGGAUCGACACCGAAACCGGUUUGCAGAGAACACUGCCUGGCGGUGAAGGAGCUCUACUGUCAUAAGGAGUGGUUGACGCUGGAGGGGACGGGUUCAGUUCAAGCCGGACUCUUGAGCUCGGUCACGGGGUCACAGACUUUCACAUCGCUGGUGCCCAACUGUCAGGCCUUACCAAGUCUUCACACUGCCCCAGAUGGUUGCACAUACAUUCACUUUGUCGAUCUCCAAAAAGAUCAGAUAACAACAUCUUGUUACAAUGGCAGAGGUCGCUUCUACCAAGGCAGUUUGAAUAUCACAAGAUCUGGAAUACAGUGUCAGCCAUGGAACCAACAGGUUCCCCACCAGCACCGUCUAUCUGUGGACGUCAUUCCAGAGCUGAUGAACUCUGAAAACCACUGCAGGAAUCCCGGUGGAAUCAGCGACAAGCCCUGGUGCUACACCUCGGAUCCCAAUAUACGCUGGGAGUACUGUGCUGUGCCCCAGUGCGGCGAAAGAAGCACAACUCCAGUAAAGAAGCCAGAGCUUCCAGUGCCUGAUCACAGCCCUCGUCCCCCUCCCACGUUGACAUCAUCAUCAUCGCCAGCCUACUCAAUGUCUGUCAUUGUUGUCAUCUUGACCUCCAUGGCGAUUGCAGCCUUCCUCACAAUCAUCAUCCUUGGCUGCCACAGGCGGAGGAAGCAGUGGAGGAACCGAAAAAGAAGAGAGAUUGGGAUCCCAAAGCUGAGCGCUCUUCCUUCUGAGCUCUUGCUGGACCGGCUCCAUCCCAAUCCCAUGUACCAGAGAGUUCCUCUGCUGCUGAACUCAAAACUGCUGGCCCUCGAGUAUCCCCGCAACAAUAUCCAAUAUGUCAGAGAUAUUGGGGAGGGAGCUUUUGGACGGGUUUUUCAAGCCAGAGCGCCGGGCCUCCUGCCGACAGAGCCUUUCACGAUGGUGGCUGUGAAGAUGCUGAAAGAGGAAGCCUCGGCUGAUAUGCAGAACGACUUUCAGAGGGAGGCGGCGCUCAUGGCCGAAUUCGACCAUCCAAACAUCCUGCGACUCUUGGGUGUGUGUGCCGUGGGUAAGCCGAUGUGUCUGUUGUUCGAGUACAUGGCCCAAGGGGACCUCAAUGAAUUCCUACGUCGCCGAUCCCCAACCCGAUCGGUGCGCACCCUCAGCCGAGCGAGCCUGUCAGCUCACAGUUUCUCUUCAGAUGUGGAGGCGGGGUCUCUCGCCUGUCCAGAACAGCUGUCCAUUUCCAAGCAGAUCGCCGCGGGAAUGGCCUACCUAUCGGAGCGCAAGUUUGUUCACCGGGACCUCGCCACCCGCAACUGCCUGGUUGGAGAAGAAAUGGUGGUGAAGAUCGCAGACUUUGGCCUCUCUAGGAAUAUCUACUCGGCUGAUUACUACAAGGCCAACGAGAACGACGCAAUCCCCAUUCGCUGGAUGCCGCCGGAGUCAAUUUUCUACAACCGUUACACAAGCGAAUCAGACGUGUGGGCCUAUGGCGUGGUGUUAUGGGAGAUCUUCUCCCACGGGAUGCAGCCGUAUUAUGGGAUGGGCCACGAGGAGGUUAUUUAUUAUGUGAAAGAUGGUCACAUCCUUUCCUGUCCUGAGAACUGUCCCCUGGAGCUGUAUAAUCUGAUGCGUCUUUGCUGGAGCACACAUCCUUCAGACAGGCCGAGCUUUAGCAGUAUUCAUCGGAUACUGGAGCGAAUGCACCAAAACAGCCUGAGCACAAAUGAAGAGGCUGAAGCUGACUCAUAACUUUGAUUUUCUCGCAUGUGGAAAAGCCUCAAGGAAACUGGGAUUAUAUCUAUAAUCUGCCACUGAGCACAAUCAUAAAUAUAAAACUCUUUAUAUAUUAUUUGGUAACUUUUUUUUUUUGCCUAUUUGUUCCUUUUCUGAAGACACCAAAUCUUAUUACUUCGAUCCAUUUUGAAGAUUUGCCAUGUUUUUGUCAUUUGUGUUCAGCUUGACUUUUUAAAUUUUAAAGCCUAAACUGAUGGAUUAUUUUAUUUUAUUUUCACCUGCUACUGUCAAGUAAACAUACAAACCUUAAACAUUUAGACUCCAAAUGUUAAAACAAGCACACAAGGACAAAGUCUCGCUGCUUGGGCCUCCUGAUAAAUGGAUGCAACAAAAGUAGACAGUCGUGUAACUGGGGAUCAGGCUUGGAACAUAAUUUGAGUAUUCUGUUUAGGUGUGUUGCACAUCUAACAUAUACAUUUGGCCACCUCCACUAGCCAGGGUAACACGGAAAAAACAAUGUAGCCAUACCCAAACCAAGCCUGAUAACAAGACAAUUUACAGUCACCAACAUUCCAGUUUUCACUGUAUAUCGUAAAUAUAAGCAAUUGGUCCCACCAACUUCGGGGAGUUUGCCAGAGAUAAAAUACGUCAAAUAUACAACAAAAUAUGUCAAUUUUUCUGUUCUUAUAGACCUAAAUCUAAGCUGACUUUUAAGUUGUUUUUUUUGGCUUAGUUAUUAUUAGGCAUGCCUUGAUCAGGAUUCUUUUUUUUUAUGUCACUGACACAGGUUCCAAAGCCCUUUGAGCCAUCAGAAUGAUCAGGAGGUACUAUAUAAAUUCAGCACAUAUUACAAAUACACAUUUGCGGUUACUGAGUCUAGUGUGAUACACCUGUAAAGUUCAUCAAUGGCAUGCAUUUGGUUCAAAUUCACUAAAAAUACACCGUAUGAAAAAUCAAGAAGCUUUAUUGUCAAUAUGUGUUACCAGAAUGACAUUUCUAGCGAGGCAGACACUGGGUAGGAAUGCAGAAUGUAUAUCAUCAGUAUUAUAAUGGCUGACUCAUGAGCAAUGUUGAUGGGGCUUUCUUGAAACAGAUUGAUAUUAUGUUACAAGACAGCUUCAAUAGGCUGCUGUAAGUCUUCAUGUUCACAAAGUAACCUAUUCUAAUGGCAGCCUUUUUUACAUGGAUAGUGAAACAUGUUGCACUGCUGCAAGCUGUUCAUCAAGGAUUUUUUUUUGCAGUGUUUCUCCCUUUGCUCUCCCCUGAGUGAGAAGGAGAACAGGCACAAGGGGAGGAGUGUGAUGGAUUAAAUGUGCAGUGCGUAUUUGAUCUAACUAUCCACAUUGCACUGUGUCUCAUACACAGGGAGAGUGUGGGACAAGCUUCAUUUAAACCGCCUGCUGGCUGUCUUGAAAAGUCUAAUUGACCAAUCUCAGCUAAAGUAAACACAGCAGCAUCUGGAUGCACUUUUCUGAUGACAAAAACGGUAACCACUUCAUUCCUCCCAGUGGUCAAUUCCAGCUAAAAAUGGAUUACCCCAGAGGAGUUUCUUAAAAAUAAAUGAUUGAGCAAGUCUUCUGAACUGCUGUUUAAAUGGAAAUUAGUCACUGGACCUUGCUUCCCGAAAGAUCCGUAAAUCUAUUACUAAUACUGUUCAGACAAUAGGUAACUAUAAUUUUCUGACAAAAUGUUAUCAAAUAUGUGUGUGGCUUUACACAUACCACUACAGUCUUCAGUAAAAUAAUUUGAUCCAGCAGACAAGGUACUGUAUCCAUGAAGAGCCAUUUGCUAAAGUGCUAGGCUAACAUUAGCAUGUUUCCUUUAUGCUCUGAUGCAACUCAUUGACAUUUUGACUUGUAACAUAUUUAAGUACAUUUAUUGUGUUAGAUAUAGAUUUUUAAGAAUCAUUUGUUCAUGUUAUUAUUGUUCACAAGGGGUUUAGCUCACAAAAUCCAUGAUAAUACACCAGCAGCAUGCAUCAGGACUCCAGUUUCAUCAGGGACGCCAGUACAGAUUGUUUGAAUAUACAUUGAUAGGAACAUAAAUUUAAUAAUUGGCAUUGGAUUGGGAAAUCUUUAUUAUUUUAUUGAGGAUUUACUUAUUCAGUUUAGUCUGCCCCUUUCUUUCAUAGCACAAUACCUUCAGAAAUUAGACAAAUCACAGUUAUGAGAAUAUUUCUUUAGGAUGAAAAAAGUCAAGCUUUAAAUACACCUGAAAUAAAUGUAUUGGUUUUCUAGGUUUUGGGAAGUGUAUGUAGGCCUCUGUGUUUUUCUUAAAUAGUCAAAUUGAACACGUUUUUUAAUAUAACUUGUCCUUAGUUGAAGUAAUUUAUCAUGUACUACUUUAUAGAGUUGAAUAACAAGUUUGGCGUUGCUUUUAGUUGUUUCAACUACACAUAUUAAACCAUGAUUUUUGGUGGUUUGAUUUUUUAACAUUGCCUUUUCUUUUCUUUUUUCAUUGUUCUGAACUGUUAGACAUUAAGGACAAACUGACUGAUGUUUAUUAAACAGGGAGGCAGAGUUUGAUUUUUUUUAUUUGAUGACAUCAGAGUAAGAAAAAGAUAAUAUGAGAACAUCAUUCUAACAUUUUUUAAAUCUUUUUGCUAUUAAAAUAAACACCGGCUUAUUCCACAGUGGCACACAAUCACUUUCAAUCGAUGCUGAUAGGGUACACGUAUAAGGAGGUUCUAUUCCAGUUUAAGGUGUUCUUUCUUUUUUUAUGAGGCUGUUUGUAUUUACUGCUGGUCUUUGACUUUGGUCAGCAAGAACAAAGUUGAAUUCAAUGAGUUUUUGUUGGCAAAACUCAACUCUCUAAAUGUAUAUUUAUUUUUUUAGGGAUUAUGCUAAAUCUUAGCAAAAGGAUCCAAUAAUAAGGGUGCCUUAAAAAUAGAAUUCAGUGAGAAUAAGCCAACAUUUGUCUUAAAUUGGCAAAUAACUUUGUUAUGGUUAAAUGUAUCUUUAAAAAUAAAUAAAAAUUGUUUCUCAUCUAGGAGCUCACACAUUGGGUUUGGGGAAUUUGUAAUUCCAAGUGCCCAUUAUAGAUACAUAAAUAUAUAAGAGAUUUGUAUUUAUGUAUCUAAAUACAAAUUCUAUGUAUCUAGAGAAAAAUUUUGAAUUUUCAGUUGCUAAUCCAUGUAGGAUAACAAACAUGCUUAAUUUCCCUUUGAUUGUGGUGUGAUCUUUUUUUAUAUACCUGUAAUUCCUUUAUUUAUUUUUCUAACUCUAAUCCUAUUAAAGAAUAUAUAUUGCUUUAUCGCCUAUAAAUAAAUAAAUAUGUUUUGCGUUUACUACCUGAGGUCAAAUAACUGACUUUUGCGUACAAUUAGGAGCAUGAUACUUCCAAAAUUAUUAUUCAUACCCCUGGCAACCAUUUAGGUUUAAAAUAGUCUUUUAAUGUAACCAACACAUUUCUUCUAACUGGGCAUAAUUGUAACAUUUUGAAAAGGGUUAAACAUGAAAGCAGAUUAUAAGAGGGUCUAAUUGCUGUAAUACCAAUAAAUAUUUUUCCAUCGAUUAUUAAGAUGGGUUCAAAUAAUUGUAUGCAUUGCAUUUGUUUUAAUAAAAUGUAAAUAAAAACAUCUGUUAUAAUUUU